CAGGGCCUCUGUGUUCUGAACCAUUAAUGGGAGUGGCAUAUUUCUUGGAAGAUUUUACAGUAUCUAUAGAUGAAAAUGUUGAUAUAUCUGAGAUCCGACCGAAAUUAGGUGGAUAUGUUAUAACAACAAUGAGAGAUGCUUGCCUUCAAGGAUUUCUUGAUUUGUCUCCUAGAUUGAUGCUUGCCAUGUAUUCUUGUGAUAUUCAAGCGACAACUGAAGCUUUAGGUCGUGUAUAUGCAGUUAUAUCUAGACGUAGAGGUCGCAUUAUAUCAGAAGAACUAAAAGAAGGAACUUCAUUUUUCCAAAUUUCUGCAUUGCUUCCAGUUGUUGAAAGUUUUGGAUUUGCUGACG